AUGUCCCAACUCGAGCGUUCCCUCAAAGCGACCAGUCUCUCAGAGACGCUGAGUACAUACAAUGAAUGGGCAAACACCUACAACCAAGACGUCGCAAAAGAAGAAUACGUCGCUCCCCAACUCGCAUCUCAAGAGCUAAUCACCCAUCUCGGUACUCAAAUAUCCUCCGCCAAGAUUCUCGACGCCGGCUGCGGAACAGGUCUCGUCGGCGAAGUGCUCACAAAACUCGGUGCUGCAAAAAUUCACGGCAUCGACCUAAGUCCCGGUAUGCUCCAAGUCGCUGAGCGGACAGGCGUGUACAAAUCGCUCAAUGUUGCGAAUUUGGCUGAGAAGCUUGAUAUUUCUUCGCGGAGUUAUGAUGCGGUUAUUUGUGCUGGGACUAUGACGGAGGGACAUGUUGGGCCUGAGGCUUUUGAUGAGUUCGUUAGGGUUACGAAUGCUGGGGGCGUUAUUGUUUCGACGAUCAGGGAGUCGGUUUGGCAGGUGAAGGGGUAUGAGGAUAAGGUUAAUGGACUUGCUGAGGAGGGGAGGGUGAAGAUUGUUGGGAAGAAGAGAGAACAUCAGAGGAUUGGGGCUGGUGUUUAUGCGUAUUUUGUCGUUUUACAGGUUCAGUAG